CUUUACCACCCUAACCUACAAAUUCCGAAACAAGAAUUAUUAUAUUCAAAAAUUUCUUCUUCGAAAUCUUCAAAUUGGUCGAAGUUUUUAUUGAGAACUUAUGUCCAGUUGGUAUUUUCACUAUUUUAGGAUUAUGCACAAAUAACCAUUAUUGUGAUUGCAUGUCAUCAAAUUUACCAUAGUUAAAUAAUGAAAGACAAAGAGAAACCGCCUAUUCUAGAUGUUCAUCUUCGUAAAGUAGAAACAGUUGGACCAUGGAUUUUAAGAUAUUUGUCUGGAUCAACAUCCCAAGAUAAAAGCUUAAUCAAUGGGGAAGAAGUAGAAGAUACAAAUGAAUCUUUUAUUGAUGAAGAAAGUGAGGCAGAUUCUCUUUAUCUAAAAACUUUAGAUCCUAAAGAAUGGAAAGAUCAAGAUCAUUAUCAAGUGUUAGGUUUAUCAAAAUUGCGAUAUAAAGCAACUGAAGCACAAAUUAAAAGUGCUUAUAGGCGUAGAGUUCUUAAUCAUCAUCCAGAUAAAAGAAAAAAACUUGGUGAAAAAGUUCAAGGUGAUGAUGACUACUUUACAUGCAUAACUAAAGCUUGGGAAACGCUUGGAAAUAAAACAAAAAGACGAGCUUAUGAUUCUAUUGAUCCUAAAUUUGAAAACAGCAUUCCUUCUAAGGAAACAGCCAAAAAAUCUGACUUCUUUGAAUUAUUUGGCCCAAUAUUUGUUCGUAACAGUAUGUGGUCAGAACAAAGUUCAGUGCCUCUUUUAGGAGAUAUCAAUAGUACACGUGAUCAUGUUGACCGUUUCUACAAUUUCUGGUAUGGGUUUAAUUCGUGGAGAGAAUUUUCAUAUCUUGAUGAAGAAGAUCGUGAACAAGCGUCUGAUCGUGAAGAACGUAGGUGGAUUGAAAAACAAAAUCGUGCUAAUCGUGCAAAACUGAAAAAGGAAGAGAGUGCUCGUAUUAGACAACUUGUUGAUCUAGCAUAUGCUAAUGACCCUAGACUUUUGAAGUUUAAAAAGGAAGAGCAAGAACGCAAAGCUGCUCUUAAACAAGCCAAAAAAGAUGCAAUUAGACAAAAACAAGAAGAAGAAAUUAGACAAAGAGAAGAAGAAGAAGCCCGUAUACAAAAAGAAAAAGAAGAACGUGAAGCUGUAGAAAAGGCUCAACGAAAUGCAUUAAAGGCUGAAAAAGAUAGUAAAAAGAAAGCAUUAAAAAAAGAACGUAAAAAUAUUCGAGAUUUAUGUAAAACAAAUAACUACUAUAUACAAAAUGGUGACAAUGUUAUUGAAAUAAUGUCAGGCGUUGAAAAAAUUUGUGAUCAACUAUGCGCUGUGCAGCUUAAACAAUUGGCCAGUGCUAUCCAAAGAGAUGGUCGUAAAGCAUUGAUAGAAAAACUUAAACAAAUGGAAUGCAGAGUCGAAUUAAAUAAUGUCAUUAAAAAUGAUAUAAAAAUUGUUGAAAAAAAUAAUAAUGAUUGGGAAACUGAUGAUGUUCAGUUAUUAAUCAAAGCUGUGAAUUUGUUUCCAGCAGGUACUAGUCAACGUUGGGAAGCUGUUGCAAAUUUUAUUAAUCAACACAGUAAGAAUGGUGAACGAAAUGCAAAACAAGUAUUAGCUAAAGCUAAAUCUCUUCAAAGUACUAAUUUCACUGAUAAUGCUUUAAAAUCUGAAAUGAAUGCCAAUGCAUAUGAUCAAUUUGAAAAAGAAAAAAAAAGCGAAGCACAAGUACCUGAAGUUGUUUCUGAACGUCCUGUUGGAUGGUCAGCUGAAGAGCAAAAAUUAUUGGAACAAGCUCUAAAGACAUACCCAGUUGCAGUAAAAGAACGUUGGGAAAGAAUAGCAGAAUGUGUUCCAACUAGGACGAAAAAGGAAUGCAUGAAAAGAUACAAAGAAAUUGUUGAACUAGUUAAAGCCAAGAAAGCUGCUCAAGUCUAAUAUGUUAUAAAUUUUGAACAUGUGUUAACAAAGCUUAAUGAUUUAAUUUUUUUAAUUAAAUUUUUGUUUUGUCAAUAUUUUUGAACAAAAUUUAAAUUUUGAACUCAAUAUAGUUUUUAUAACAUUUAAGAUUAAUAAUUUGACACAAUACAGAUAACUUUGUAAAUGUAUGCAAAUUUAUGUAUUAAUGUGCUUAAAGGAAACUAAAACUAUCUUGCGAGUUACAUCUUUGUUUACAGAAACAAAAUUAUAAUCAGUCAAAGAACAAUGUAUUUAUAAAAAUAUAUAUAAUAUGUAUGAACUAUA